AUGGGGCCCCCCAGGGGGCCCCCCAGGGGGCCCCCCAGGGGGCCCCCCAUGGGGGCCCCUUGCUGGGGGGCCCCCCUGGCAGCAAGGCCGAAGGCCCCCCUGCUGCUGCGGCUAGACCCUGUCUGCUUAGCAGCAGCAGCAGAUGUUGUGCUGCUGGAGCUGGGGCCGCUGCAGCAAGGAGCAGCAGCAGCAGCAGAAGAGCAGCUGCAGGCCCUCGCCACAAGGGUGGGGGCCCUGCUGCCUUCCCAGGAGAUACUGGACAGCGAAAGGUACAGGAGGGCCCCCGACAGGCUGCGAGCUCUCAGCAGCAGACUGCUGCAGCGGCUGCUGCUGUCUUCUCACUGCAGCAAAAGUCCCAAGUCCAUUUUCAUUGAAAGAAAAGCCACGAGAAGCAAACCCAUUUGGAGACCAUCGGCGGGAGAAACAGCUGACUUCGUACACUUCAAUGUAUCUGUGAGUUCUGCUGCUGCUGUGGGGCCCCCUGUGGGGCCCCACAGGGGCCCCACAGGGGGCCCCACUGCAGCAGCAGCAGCAGCAGCAGCAGCAGUGUGGAGACUUUCAAGACUGCUUCUGCAGUUCUUGCGAGCCUCUGCCUUUGCUGCUGCAGUUGCUGCUGCUGCAGUUGCUGCUGCUGCAGUUGCUGCCGCAUUUGCUGCUGUUGCUGCAGUUGCUGUUGCAUCAGGCGCGCACGACGAGGGCCUGGUGGUUUUCGGGGCGUCAAGACACCUCGUUGGAGUCGACUGCAUGCGGUGCUCCGCAAGAGGCAGGCAAGCAGCAGCAGCAGCAGCAGCAGCAGCAGCAGCAGCAAGUGCAGCAGCAGCAGCAGCAGUAGUGCAAGACACAGCUGAGUUCCUGCAGCAAAUGAAAAGCCACUGUACCCAAAAAGACUGGGCCUAUGUCAUGGGGGCCCACUUGAAGGAGCAGCAGCUCAGAAGAUUCAUGAGGGUCUGGACUGUGAAGGAGGCCUUCGUCAAGGCUCUGGGCACAGGAAUUUAUAUAGAGCCCGAGCGGCUGCAGUGCUUCUUCCCCGCUGUGGGGCCCCCCAGCAUAGCUUUAGAUGGGGCCCCCCAAACGGAUUUUUAUUUUCGACUUGAAGAAGAAGAGGCCCCUGGAUAUAUUAUUUGCGUUUGUGUGGGGCCCCCCAGCAGGGCCAUUGAGGCCUACAAGAAGUGCAUGCAAAGGGAUCCCGAAGAAGAAGAGGGGGCCCCCAUAACAACAACCCCACCUUCUGACGCGUGGGCCUUUAGGGGUUUCUCUUUUGCUGAAUUUGUUGCAGCAGCAGACGCAGCAAUACAGCGCUGGAGCACCUAG